AUGCAAAUUGUGCUCUUCUUCGUUCAUGAUAGAAACCAUGGCCAACAUGCUCAUCUUUCUUCUGCCAAAAAUCCUGCCCAAUCUACUCGAGAACCGUAUCAUCAACCUCGACUAGACUUCCGAGCUCAUGGUCGUCAUUUUGGCCAUCACAUGUUUAUUCUCAUCUGCAUCCUCCUCGUUUUCCCGGUCUCUUUACAUCCUCUUUUCCAGCAUGUUGCUCAGGCCAGUUCACCUCUACUCUGCUCCUCAUCCUCAUUCACAUACUCCUUCCUCCUUUCCUCUUCCACCUUCUGA